CUGUGUCUGUGUUGAAGGAUGUUCAAGUUAGUUCAGCAAGGAAGAUCUUGAAGGAAGGUUAUUUCAGGGAACUGGCAGUAGUGCAUGAGUACAUAGUUGUCUGAUGUGACAAUCAUUAUUUCUCUAACCAACUUUGACGAGCGUUUGCUUGAAGUGGACAUCACCUGGCCCAGCUAGUUUUGACCUCCUCAAACAUUGCCAAACAUUGUCCGCACAAAACUAAUACUUCGUCCAUCUAGCUCGCCGUUCAGCUUCGUGGUGUCGCGGACAGAGGGGGCUGCGUCAUGCUUGUUGGACACAUCCGCCUCCUCGAGAGCUUCCUGCUCGUGGUUGGCGUGUGCGUGGCAGCCUGCUGUGGCGACGAUCCCAAGAAACGCAACCCAACACCAGAGUGGACUUCGAAUGCUCAAAAUGCCAGUGACCCGCGUGGAACGUACAGAGUGGCUUUGUGUCCACCUUCAGUGUGCGAGGUGGACUUAUUCCAUAGGUCGUGUUUCCGCAGCAAGGAACCCAUCUGUCCAACUCUGCUCAACAUGAAGGCCACCGUCUGCUGCUCCGCUGGAUGCUGUGAGCCCAGGAGUAGCCCGCUCAAGGAAUUCUUUGGGAAAUUCUGGCUUAUUGUAGCCAUUGUCUUUGGUAUUGUAAUCACGUCAGCCACAUCAGUGUGGCUUCGACGCUCGCAGCAGUGGAAUCGCGGCUUCUACAUGCGCCGGCGACACCUUAACCAACAAGGUGCAGGAUCUAAUACUGUAAAUGCAGAUACAAAUGCUCCAGCACCAACGGCGGAUAUGCGUGAUCAUCCACCUGCCUACGACGAUGCCCUCGGCUUUCCCAAACCGGAAGACGGCUUGGACUCCCUGGCACAUCCUCCGUCAUAUAACGAGGUGGAGCUAAGACUGGUAGCGGGUGCUGCUGUUCCUGUUGAUACGGCUACGCCUGGUAUCGCUGCUAUACCUGCUGCUGCAGCUACAGCUCCUGUAUCUUCUUCCGCUAGUGCUACAGCUGCUGCUGCCGUUGCUUUUCCCCUUCCUCCUCCUGCGUAUAACUCUGCUACUACUGCCGUGAGUGGUGACAACAACCGUGGCACUGAUAAUGUCGUUCUCACUACUGCUGCUGUGCCAGCACCUGCCCAUGCUGCCAGCACAACCGUCACCCACAGCCAGCGUACUGAACGGUCCCAGUCGGUCGACGCCGAAGAAGUCCGUCCAGAGUCUACGUCGUCGUCGCAAACGUUUGCCCAGAACAGCAGCGGCAGCUCUCACCCCUCCCUGUGCUCCAUACAGUCGGCACAAUCGGACUCCUUUGCCGACAGUAGGCCAUUGGUGUAGGCCGCCCGCAGCAAACCAGGGACAGCUACUGACAGAAAUCUGCUGGUGAUCUACCGUGAUGUGCCAACACAAACUGACCAAUGGCAUGCUUUCAGUGCCUGCAAGCUAGACAAAUUUCUCUUCACCAACUCUCUGCCCCAAAUGAAACACACAUGAUAUGACUGUAACGUUGCUACUAGGAAUCCAAGCACUGCACCCACCCUUUUUUCCCACUUACCGGCUCAAACCUGCUGAGGUCUUAUGAUGAUAUUUAAAUCCGCUUCUUUUCCAAGCAUAAUACAUUAUGUAGUUUUUUGCACAUCAGUUUUCUCAGCAUGAUUAAUGUCAACCAUGUUUACUGUUUGUUUAGGCACACGUACUUCUAACCCUGAAGCAAAGUAGGCUUCGGCAGAACCAUUUUGUAGACUAGUUUUCAUAGCUGACCUCUGGACGUGUUGGUGUGUACAUGUAUUGAGGCUGUGAAGACUGAAACACGCAUGUUCCA